AUGGUGAUGCGCCGGGGACGAACUGGCUGGUCGAAGGUGGGUGAUGCGGUAUUUACGUAUUAUCGACCUUGGCUUGCUUGGGGGGUGGGCUGGCUGGCGGCAGGCAAGAUGCGCGGUGACAGGAAAGCUUCAGGACCCUGUCGGACAGCUUUCGGUUCGAGAUGGCGAGAAAGAGAAUUUACGGCAAAGGCGAAGCAGUCGACACUCGUGCCAUUUUCAGAUGAGAACAGACGACAUGGACAUGACCUGGGAAUUAGGAAGAUGGAGGGGGGGCAGGCUCUGGAUAAAGGGCAGAACAAACGAGCAAGAGUCAAGAGAGAGAGGGACGGGAGAGACAAGAAACGGGCAGACGGGACAACGGGCCAACGUAACAGGGCGACGGGGGAUACUGGGGGGAGGAGGAGAGACGAGACGAGACGAGAACGUGAGAAGAAACGUGGAUGGAAAGGAGCAGAGAGAGAGAGAGAGAAAGAGCAACAACCAGCACCAGCAAAAGCACCACCAAGAAAGUACACGAGACGAAGCAAGCGGCGGCGGCAAAGAUGCCAGGGACGGUACGGUACCUACUCCGUAUACCCCGUGGCUCAUCCCCGUACGAGACUACGAGUAACGAGGAGCAAGCAGGUCGUGCAGUGCGUGGAGCGUGGAGCGUGGAGCGAGGCGAGGGUGCCCAGGCAAGGUGGUUCUUCAAAAGAUUUGUGGAUCAUUUUUUUUCCAUUGCAUCCACACCCACUUGGUUUCUUGGAUUCACCACCAAGAGUCAACCCACUGCCACAAGUGUGUGCGGGCUGCUGCUGCUGUUGCUACUACUCAUAG